AUGAGCAGUGAGUUAGGGAUCAAUUCCCAGUUCCCACUACCGACCGCCGCCAUCGCGAUGUCGGAGAUGGAGGAGAUUGAGCUGGAAGCGGAGGACUUCAACUCGUCGUUACCUCUAAAAAAGGUGCCAUACGGCGACGUUUUCGAGGCCUCACGCGCCGGGGACGUGGAGCGCCUGCGCUACCUAUUGGAGUGCGGUGUGAACGUGAAUGCACGGGACCAGUGGGACUCGGUGGCGCUCUACUAUGCCUGCCUUGCCGGCCAUCUUGAAGUCGCGUGUAUGCUGCUCGAGAGCGGUGCCAUCUGCUCCGAGCACACCUUCGAUGGCGAUCGCUGCCACUACGCCGCUCUCAAUCUCAAGGUCCGCAAAUUGCUCAAGGUCUUCGAGGCCCGGCCCCCCCCUCUCCAACCAUUGCAGGCCGCCCUCAGAGACACUUUCCUGGCCUGCAAAGCCAAUCGGGCCUAUCUACAACAUCUCUUCAACUCCAACACUCAUACGGCUCCACUUGUGUCAGGUAAUGCGUUGAAUGGAGAAUCCAAUUCCAGCUACUCUCCUCCUGAUAUUGUAUUUUAUGUACAAGGAAGACCCCUUGAAGCUCACAGACUUAUCUUGAGUGCCCGAUCCCCAUUCUUUAAGAGAAAGUUUGAGACUGAUUGGAAAGGGAAGAAGGAAGUACGUUUUUCCCGCAAAAAACUUUCUUAUCCAUCUUUCUUUAGCCUUGUCCUCUUCUUUUAUUCUGACAGACUGGAAGUAGCCGUUGAUGACAUGGAGGAUCUUGUUAGAAUGUGCCGAGUUUGCAAGUGCCAGUCUCUACAGACUCUUCUUGAGAAAGAAAUAGUUCACCAAAAGCAUGCGGACUACAAAGCCCUUAGAGAGAUAGACAAUUCCCAGAAGAGGUUCAUCUUGCAGGGCCUUUCCCUUCCAGAGGAAGAUCGUCUCCCUGCUGCUUUGGGUCGAGUCCUCCGAAUAUCUCUCGCCAAUUCCUCCAGAGGACGAGACCUAGAGAAUAGGGUCAAUGAUGUAUCUCUUGUUAGUUUAAUGCAGACUACUGCUUGGGAAGAUGAUCUCGCAGAUAUUAGUGUGAGAGUUGAGAAGAACAAAUUCCGUUGUCAUCAAGUUAUCUUAGCUUCAAGAUCUGAAUACUUUAGGGCAAGAUUAUCCCGAAGGAAAGAUUUUCUUGAAGGAAAAGAAUAUUUACCUGAUCAUACCCUUUCGUGUCUUGAAGAACAUGACCUGAGCACAGAGGCCUUUCAAAAAAUGGUGGAAUAUAUGUAUACUGAUGGUCUGAUGGGCAUACACCCUGAUCAGGCCGAAGAUAUGUUUGAUGCUGCUUCAAGAUACCUAUUGUUUCCUCUUAAACGUGUAGUGGCUGAUGCUCUUCUACCACAACUGGAAAUGAUGUCUCCUGCAGAAUUAUGUCAUUGGUUGCUGCUAUCUGAUAUGUAUGGUGUCUCCAAGAUUCGUGAAUACUGUCUAGAUGCAGUAGCAUGCAAUUUUGACACUUUGGCCAAUAUUCGGGAGUUUCGGGCCAUGCUUUUGACCCUGCCACCUCCAUCUGGGGAUUCAACACUUAGAACAACGGUCCCAAGUGCGCCGGGAGCUGAAGCAAAUAUAAGCAGCCCUGGAAACCUUCUUGAUGAUUUGAGAGAGAAAUGGCUUGAGGCUGAAGGUGCUCAACUCGACAAGAGGGAUGAAAGUGCAUCAAUUUUCGACAGGCGUCUUGAGAUGCUCAUGCUUAUGGCUGAAAAGGAGAAUUCACUCUCUUGA